GAGUGACUCAAGUUGAUAGACAGACAUAAGAUAAGCCGACUGAGCGAUUGUCAUCAUUUUGAUACUCGUAGCGGUAGGUCUGUCCAGUGUACCCGCCUUGUUAGUCGGUGCCAGAAUGGUGCAUAGUUGAUCCUUCAAGUUCUGCUGGGUCGCUUGAUUCAUAUCUUUCCACUCUGAAAAUUGCAGAUCCGAACGCAGUGGUUCUCUACUUAAAAGAGUAGGCGAUUUAGCCGCAAUCUCGCGGAAACUAAGAAUCAGAUUUUGAGGAUUGGAUUCAGAUUGAAUCAUAUCUCUUACGACGCUAUAGAACCAGAAAUCGCGGAAGAGUUUACGUAGACUAACAUUAGGAUUAGUGAUAGGAGGCAAUCGACUGAGAAGAAUAGCGAUAACUGGAACCAAGUGAUCGAUACAGUAGGAAGAAGAGACAAUGCUACUGUUCUUGAAUUCAACUCGGAGUUCAACAUCCAACUGGACGAAAUGCACCAGAAGGCGUCCGAGAAGGUCGAUCAAUUCCAACUCACCUUGAAUCCAUGCGGCCAUAUUGGCGAGACCGUUUAUAACACAGAGAAACAUUCGUUCGUGCUCUGGACUAGGAACAGGUACAGAAGCGAGACAAAGUUUGGCCGAUUUCGCACUUCGAUCCAUGAAGAGGGCCAUAAUUUGAUGGUACACUGAGGGAGCAUCUUUGUGCACAGGCUCGCUGGGCUAGCAAAAAAGGCAAUAAUAAAAGCGAUUGAGGUAAAUAAGUCACAGUAUUUAUUAUUGAUUUAUAGAAUGUUAAUGUACCGUGACCAUUUACGUCAUUUACGCCCCAACAUAAUGUUCAAGUGUUGUUUUACAAAUGUGCCUGAAUAUAAGAGUCAGUUGAUUUGCGAAUGUAUAGAAAUCAGACCGAAUGACCGCCAUGCAAUCGCCCCGAUCAUUUAA